CCCCAAACUACUGUUAUCAGAGACACAAUGAAGGGUGAUACCAAACAGAUCUAAAGCUCUAACAGCUCUACCUGUUGUGUAGGAUAAAAAGGCUUUUAUUUAGCUUUUGCUAUAGUCAAAUAAUUGUUUCAUUUAUAUUAUAACAUUCAUUCUUAUGAAAGGCUCAGUUAGGAUGAAAACUGUUAUGAGGGAAAACACCACCAUAGAACAAUUACAUGAAAAGUAGUCUACGAAGAAGAGCAGUGGCACAUCACUUGGGCACACCAGUUUCCAUGGUAACCUCUGAUCACAGAGGGGAUAACUGAAAUGAAGUAAUCACUGCAUUGCCAGCAGUUUGACAAAAGUGGGAAUGCUUCUCUUAAAACUUAGCAAAGACGGCAGCAACCUCCCAGAGGAUACAGAAAGUGGUACUGAAACUGCAGGACCACGGACAGCGCCUCAGUCAAACUCAUCUCAUGCUACGGACCGGAAAUUUGUGAUAGCCAAUGCCAGGGUGGAGAACUGUGCAAUCAUCUACUGUAACGAUGGCUUCUGUGAGAUGACAGGCUUCUCAAGAUCAGACAUCAUGCAGAAGCCAUGCACCUGUGACUUCCUCCACGGUGACCUGACUGACAAAGAGGCCAUCAGCCAGGUGGCCCAGGCUGUUAUGGGGUCCGAGGAGCGCAAGGUGGAGAUCACCUACUACCGUAAGGAUGGGUCUGACUUCCAGUGUAACAUUCACAUAAUCCCAGUGAAGAAUGAGGAAGGCGUGGUGAUGAUGUUUAUCUUAAAUUUUGAUUACAUCCUGGAUGAAGGAAGUGACAACUCCACAGAGAAGAUAAGCCCCACAUCCCCAACAAAGUCAGAUCAAAGAAGGAGUAGAUUCUUCCGCUUCCGACAGGCUGCUUUGAGCCUAAUGAAUACCAACAAGCAGUCUCUUCCGCAAGAGGACCCAGAUGCUGUGAUGGUGGACUCACCCAAAGAGAACGAGGACUCAGUGGCCCUGCAGAGCUUCCCCUCACCCACCAAGAGCAUUUGCAGUCCCAUUGAGGCCAAUGACACGCAUGCCCUCAUAGGCUCAAGCCACCACUCUUCCCAGGCUAGUAUGGGUCCCGAACCACUUGACCAUUCAUCCCCUAAACUCCCCUGGGAGAAGCCGUAUCAGCCAGAGCUGCACCCGUCCUCUACCUCCCUGUCAAAUACCUUCCCCAGAGGCAGCAUCAACAGCAUGAGGCGAGCCUCGUCCGUCCAUGAAAUUGAGGGCUAUAGCUCCAAUUCUAAAAGCAUAUUCAGGGAUCGUCAUACAAGUGAAGGUCCUUUUAAUCACGUGAAGUCCAGCCUGCUUGGCUCUACCUCUGAUUCUAACAUCAACAAGUAUAGCACCAUCAACAGGAUCCCCCUGAUUGCACUCAACUUUUCUGAAGGCACUGAUAAAAAGACUCAUUCUCCACCGACAUCUGAGAAAACCAUCAUAGCACCAAAGGUCAAAGACAGAACUCAUAAUGUCACAGAAAAAGUCACACAGGUCCUGUCACUUGGAGCUGAUGUGCUGCCAGAGUACAAACUCCAGACAGCCCGUAUUGACAAGUUCACCAUCCUCCAUUACAGCCCCUUCAAAGCUGUGUGGGACUGGCUGAUCCUGCUGCUGGUAAUCUACACAGCAAUCCUCACCCCCUACUCAGCUGCUUUUCUUCUCAAUGACCAAGAGGAGCAGAAGAGGCGUGAAUGUGGAUACUCCUGCAGCCCUCUCAAUGUGGUGGACUUAAUGGUGGACAUUAUGUUCAUCAUUGACAUCCUCAUUAACUUCAGGACCACUUACGUAAACCUGAAUGAGGAGGUGGUCAGCCAUCCAGCUAAGAUAGCAAUCCAUUACUUUAAAGGCUGGUUCCUUAUAGACAUGGUGGCAGCAAUCCCCUUUGACCUUCUUAUCUUCGGCUCAGGAUCAGAUGAGACUACCACUCUGAUUGGCCUGUUGAAGACAGCUAGGCUCCUGCGAUUGGUGCGUGUAGCCAGGAAACUGGACCGCUACUCUGAGUACGGAGCUGCAGUCCUUAUGUUGCUCAUGUGCAUCUUUGCCCUCAUCGCCCACUGGCUCGCCUGUAUAUGGUACGCCAUUGGCAAUGUGGAGAAGCCGUACUUGGAGCACAAGAUUGGCUGGCUAGACAAUCUGGGAGUAUCCAUAGGAAAGAGAUACAACUACAGCGAUCCUAGCUCUGGUCCAUCUAUCAAGGACAAGUAUGUCACUGCACUUUACUUCACCUUCAGCAGCCUAACCAGUGUGGGCUUUGGGAACGUUUCCCCAAACACCAACUCGGAAAAGAUCUUUUCCAUCUGUGUCAUGUUAAUUGGCUCUCUCAUGUAUGCCAGUAUCUUUGGAAAUGUCUCUGCCAUCAUCCAGAGAUUGUAUUCGGGUACAGCACGCUACCAUGCGCAAAUGUUGCGGGUCAAGGAAUUCAUUCGCUUUCACCAGAUUCCCAACCCGCUGAGGCAGAGGCUGGAGGAGUACUUCCAACACUCCUGGACCUACACCAAUGGCAUUGAUAUGAACACGGUGCUAAAAGGUUUUCCUGAGUGCCUGCAGGCAGAUAUUUGCCUUCACCUCAACAGGAACCUUCUUCACAACUGCAAAGCGUUCCAAGGAGCCACCAAAGGCUGCCUGAGGGCCUUGGCCAUGCACUUCAAAACAACUCACGCACCUCCUGGAGACACCCUGGUCCACAGUGGUGAUGUGCUCACUGCUCUCUACUUUCUGUCCCGUGGCUCUAUUGAGAUCCUGAAAGAUGACAUUGUGGUAGCCAUCCUGGGAAAAAAUGACAUCUUUGGAGAAAUGAUCCAUUUAUUUGCCAAGCCUGGAAAGUCCAAUGCUGAUGUGCGAGCUCUGAGUUACUGUGACCUGAGCACCAUUCAGAGGGAAGAUCUGCUGGAGGUGUUAGACAUGUACCCAGAGUUUGCCGACUACUUCUUCACAAACCUGGAACUUACCUUCAAUCUCAGAGAUGAGUCUCCUAAGCCCUCCGGUUCCCAAGGCUGUGAUUCAGAUGGUGAGGGCAAUAAGAGCAUUAAAAGAAGGAUCUCCUUCACUCCAGAUCUGUCUCAAGGGGAAAACAAGGAAGUGGUUACAGACUUGGGGAGGGAGAGGGAGUCAAACUCGUGCCUAAAGAGAUGUUCAGUCCUGAGUCCCUCUUCACUCAAUGCCCCAAUCUUGGACUCAAAUCUUAUUGGACACAUCCAGGUCAGAGGCAGCUUGGAGAGAAGUCCAUCUUUUGAAGAUCUGUGCUGUGAUAAAUGGGUCUGUAAGAAGCCUACGGACUACCUGGAUGAGUCAGCACAGUUCCAGGACCUGAGAGAGGAUGAUAAUUCUGCCAGCGAAAUCACGUAUGGAGAGGUGGAACAGCGCUUAGGUCAGCUUCAAGAGCACUUAAACAGGCUGGAGUCUCAGCUGGUGUCAGAUAUUCAGACCAUCCUGCAGCUGUUGCAGAGACAGCCAACUCUGGGACCUCCGGCCUACAGCACUGUGACUGCCAGUCCAGACUAUCACAGACCUGCCGUGAAGGUUCAGCCAGUUGCUUUGACUGGAAGCCAUUUUUUCAGCCAUACAGGAACUCAAGGCCCCAACCACAAACUGGAGAGGGCCAUUCAGGAAUCCAAAGACUCUCUGUCGAGCUUGGCCAACGUGAAUGCACCCAUAGAGGACAGCCUUACAGCAUUGCUUGUACAAAGACAUACAGAGCCACAACAACAACAGCAACAAGAGAUCACAGGGCAUCAACAGUCUGCAUUGAUCCUUCUUCCAACUGAAACCUCUUCCACCUCCUCCUCUUCUUCCUCCCCGUCCCCCUCUGACUCCAACUUCAACACCACCGGACUCCAUAGACCUGCCUCAGACCCACAGUUUCCAAGGCCAUGAACCUUCCAGCAGCACAGUGUUCUAAUAUCUGGGUUGUAAUGCUGUAAUUACUAAGUAGCAGCUUUUUUAUCAGCAUGCUGGCACAGACAUAUGUAUUGUUGAUUUGCAAUUGCUUGGUGAUAUAUAUAAGAUGGGUUUUUUCAUUAUGCAUGUGGAUAAAAUACUGUUCUCUGCAGUCAACAGUAUGUUAACCAACAGUUUUCUGCAGUUAUCAGUAUGAUAACGAUGGUUACAAAUUGUAACAAUUUUCCAUGAACACAGGAGCCCUCUGAAUGAGUCUUUAAGGGUUAUCACUCAUCUUUGCAGAUCCAUUCACUGAAGAUUUAUGUGUAGAUGCCCAGACAAUCAGGAUGAACCUUUUUAACCCAGUGGAGAUUGACAGCACUUCCUCAUCCACUAAGUGAACAGCUUCUUAACUAUAUUCUGCUUAAUCAGCAGGGAUGCUGGUCAAAGGGCUCCACCUGGUUGUGAUAGAACUAGCACUACAACACCUAUCCAACUUUAUGUUUUACCCAGGCUUUGUGCUCUAAUGGGCUCUCUAUACCCCUUCCUGUGUCUCUACUUCAACACUGUAUGUCCUAAAACACUGACUGACCUACAUCACACCAGGCUGGUCCAGAUGUCUAGCACUCCAGGACAUGGGUAUCAAUCCAUCAUAUCAUGUAGGUUUCUUCUUGGUGUCAGCUGCAGAGCCAGGGUAAGACUGGCUCCCCCACAAUCACCAGUCUGUGUAGUAGGUGGAGGAUGGCCAAACACACCACUAAAUGCAGUGCCCCAGCACAGUAGGACUCAAGCCAACAGCUUCUAAACAACCCUAGGUAAAGUCGCAUGCUUGGCAAGGAUCCUGGUUCUUACCAAAACACAGGGAUUUGCGGCAAAGACAGACACAGAAAAAUAAGUCUCCAGCCUCUUCUUAGUGCUGAGCAUAUGGCAAGAGAAAAAAUAGUGACUGGUUGGCAGAAAGCAAAGGACAGGAGCAGUCCACACACAUACUGUAGGUCACUCCAGUGUAUGUUACAGAGAUUUGGGGGACCAUUAAUCCAGGAUAAACACUUACAUUUUGCAGUUAAGCAGAGGGAAGCUGAGGAAGCAAUCACAUUACACAACAUGUCUUUCACAAGUUGUAAAAACCAGUCCUAAGCACAGACCUUAGGGAGGACCCAGACACAUCAGGACACAUCAAAUGCAGAUUAGGCAGACCUUUGACCAAGACCUGUCCAUGAUCUUUGUAGAAUUAGCAUGAGCUGCCAGGAGAACUCCUGUCCUUAGACUGAUACAAGCAGUAGCUUUUCCCACCCUCAGUUUUUUAACUUAAUGUUAUCCCUGGUAGCUUUGCUGGGAGCAGUGCUCUCUUUUUAAGGAACGUCCUGUUCACACUCACAUAAUUGCACAUAUUCAGACCUGGAAGCUUCCUUGGAUGCCUACAAUCUGAUCCGUUGGCCACUGAGAAGCCACUAAAGCAGUUGUGGAUGCAGUGCCUUGCUCACUGCUGGUGCUGCCCAACUCAGAUUUAUCCUGUUGGUCAAGGGAUCAAACCACCUGUUUUCAAGCCUGGUCCUCCAACUUUUAGCUACCACUGCCCCUUAUCAGAAUUUCAACAGAGGGCAGCUAACUGUACCACUCACUGCCAAAUUGAACCUAGACACAGGGUAGUACAACUGAUCACUCAGCAUCCUGUACUCCAGUGUAACAGAAAAGUAGAGAUAGGGGGCCAACUUAAAAUUGUACAAGUAAAUGGUGGCUAUAGGCGACUCACCACUGUCAAGAUGGCAGGCUGGCAGCUGGUGGGCAUAGACUUGAUGUCCAGGCAGGUGGGUACCACAGCAUGGCACUUGGAAGCAAGGAUGUGAGCCAAAGCUUGAGCCCUGCACUGCUUUGUGUCCUCAUUGCUAUUGUACAGAUAUGAUCACCUGAAGCAUGAGGAGAUAGUUUCGUCACAACAGAAAAAUGUUAACAAUCCCACAACUGUUCUUUUUCCAGUUGCUGAAACCUUUUUAUAGCACCCAACACUGAGGCACUGUCAAGACCACAUGUGGAAAGGAGGACUUUGCAAUCUUGUUGUUUUAGAUCGAUUUGUUUCAAAUUCAGCCAAAUCUACUGUACUGCGACAGUGGCCACUGGCCAGAGUCACAACAUGGGCCAUCAUAGCAGAAACACCCUUAGAAAAGUUUUUCAUCUUCUCAUCAUAAACAGAUAUGUUAAAUUUUCUCUGCUGUGACAAAAGGACUUUCCUGAUGCUAGUGGCCAGUGAACACAUUGCUCUUAGAGCCCAUUAGAGUCUGAAGCCUGUGGGGGCAUGUAUACAUAGGCCUGAGACUGUAUAUGUUAAUGAACAGACUAUAUAAACCAUUUUCUGCAGCUAUUCAUGUAAUACAGCAUUAUUACAAAGGUGUGAGAACAGUUUUCUUAUCCUUAGUUGUAUGCCUGUCUUCUCUGAAGUGUGACUCAGGGGUUAAGGACAAUUGCACUGCAAUAUACAGUACAGUAUCAAGUAUACUGUAGUUUUCCUCUUUAAACAAUGUGCAUUAUUACUGAGGUCACUGACGUGCACCUACUGUAUGACGCUAAGCCAACAGAACACAGCAUACAUGCUUGUCCAGGCAGAUAAUAUAACAUGCAGAUUUGAGAGUAUUCUGCUGUUAUCCCAGAGCUACUGUAGGCCUCUGACAAACAGGUAUGAUGUAGGCAUUUCUACAGGGCAGUGCAUGUUUUUUAUACCUAUAUAUUAACUGUUUUGCACCACUUAUGAGCCCAAAGUAGCACAUUACAAUAUUAAAUGAUGUCAGCAUACUUAUCUCUUUUUUAGGAUGUACUUGGAAGGGAGGACAGGGAUUUGAAACACUCGGAAAGUUAGUACUUGCGCAUAAACAGGCCCUAAAGAGGGUCUUGUGCCUAUACAAUUAAUCCAAAUGCUAAGUUAGCAUUUUCAUGUAUGUAACUGUCCAUAUAUCAAUAGAUCAUAUCAUUUCCCUGAACUGUUUUUGGUGGCAAUGUACAUUAAAUAUGAAAUGUUGUUAGA